UAUGAUAAAAUUGUGAAUCUGCUCCUCCCCAUAAUUUCAAAGAACUCUGGUCUGGUGUGUAAUGGCGGAGAUUGUUUGUCCUCAGCCUCAGCUGCCCCCGGGCUUCAGAUUUCACCCCACAGAUGAGGAACUGCUUGUGCAUUACUUGAGAAACAAAAUCUCCUCCUCUGCUCUUCCUGUAUCUAUUAUCACAGAUGUGGAUGUGUAUAAAUUCAAUCCAUGGGAAUUGCCAGGAAAGGCAAGCUUUGGGGAUAGGGAGUGGUAUUUCUUCAGCCCUAGGGAUCGGAAGUACCCAAAUGGGUCAAGGCCCAAUAGGGCAGCGGCCUGUGGUUAUUGGAAGGCUACUGGAACUGACAAGCCCAUCCUUAACUCUGUUGGCACUCAAAAAGUAGGUGUCAAGAAAGCCCUGGUUUUCUACAAAGGCAGGCCUCCCAAGGGCCUCAAAACCAGCUGGAUAAUGCAUGAGUACCGCCUCACAGACUCCACCGUGGCCCCUAAGGCCCCCAGGAAAAAGUGGUCUCUAAGGUUGGAUGAUUGGGUGUUGUGUCGGAUAUACCAGAAAGCUGGGCAUUCUCCCAGUCCCAGCAGUGAAGGAAGAAGCCAAGAGCAGGAUCUCAUUCCGCUGCAAUUUCAGCUGCACCAUGAAUUUCAGGGGCCACCCACAUUGGACUUCCCUGUUCAGAGCGAGGAUCCCAACUUUCUUGACGGAUUUCUGGACAGUACAAAUGCAUGGGAUGCCAGUGGCAGUGUCACAGCUAAGCUGAAUUCGAUCAAGAGAACCCUCUCUCUCCUCUUCGAUGACGAUGACGCUGAGGUUGAACCAUCUCCCAAGAGAAAUAUGAUGAACAACCUCAGCAAUUCCAAUUCUCAACCCACCUUGUAUGUUCCUCCUCCUUUCAACCCUUACAAGAUUACCCUCUCUGAUUUCAAUGAAAUGUUGCCAUCGCCCUUCACUGAAAGCAGACCUUGGGACUCUCAGAAAGGACACACCUGGUUGUCAUAAGAUAUCACUGUUUUAUGCCCUGUCUUAUAAGUCAGUGUC